UUCAGACACCAAAGCACAAAAUCAGUCUCGCUUCUCUCUCUCUCUCUUCUCUCUUCAAUUUACAUCCGAAUUCAGUUUAUUUCCCAAAUUCAUUAUUCCGGAACCCUAAUUUCCAUGGAUUCGUCUGCGAAAGUCGAGUCGAAGCUCAGAAGAGUUCCCAAGGGUUUCAACGAGGCGCGGAAGGUGCGGGUGGUUGCAAGGAUUAAAAGCUUCGCUGAUCAGGUACUAGAUGGAGGUUCUAUGGCGUCGUGGAUCUCUGUGAACAAGCCUGACGGAGAUGCUUCUGACUCUGUAACCAUCUCUUUCGGAGGUCAACCAGUGAGUCGUAAGGAGACUUAUGAAGUAGAUUAUUGCUAUGAGCAGAAUGAAGACACUGAAAAAAUAUUUGCAAAAGAGGUGAAACCUCUGAUUUGUGGAGUCUUUGACGGUCAUCAUGCAACCGUUAUUGCAUAUGGUGCAAGAGGCACUGGAAAAACUUCUACGAUUCAGGGUACUAUUGAGAAACCGGGUUUGGCAUCAUUAUCCAUGAAUGAAUUACUUUUAAUGGCCAAAGAAAAAGGGAAGUCAAUUUUCAUAUCCUACUAUGAAGUUUAUGUGGACCAUGUUUAUGAUUUACUGGAUCCGAAACGACCAACAGUUUUAGUAUUGGAUAACGGUCAUGGCAAAAUACAACUUAAGGGACUUUCGCAGAUUCCAGUGAAAUCCUUGUCAGACUUCUACGAACUAUAUUUGGGUUCUAGUUCACGUAAACAAGGGCAAAAGAUUGCAAAUGAAUCCCCUCAUAGAAGCCACCGGGGCUUGAUAGUGCAUAUUUCAUCUACCAAUGAGGCUGCUUCGGAUACUCAUUCUGUUGCCAAGAUGAAUUUUGUUGACAUGGCUGGUUAUGAAGAUGCGAGAAGGAAAAGUACUGAUGGCACUAGCCUCGUCGAAAAUAGUAAAAUUAACAAGUUCACAUACGCCUUGCUAAAUGUUGCUUCUGCGUUGAAUUCUAAUGAUAACCAUGUGCCAUAUCGAGAAAGUAAGCUUACACGUAUUCUGCAAGAAUCCAUGGGUGGAACGCAAAGCAAAAUUUUGAUGAUUUCUUGCUUGAAUUCAUCAUUUUGCCAAGACUCCAUCUACAUGGCUAACUUGGCGGCUAGAUCUUGUCAAGUAACCAAGCGGGUUGCUUCGGAUACCAUUAGGAAAAUGAAGAGUUCUACAAAUUCUGUGGUGCAUUCAUCGCUUAGAAACCAGAUACCUAAAAGCGUUUCUGCAACUGCAAAGAAGCAGACCAUCUCCCGAUCUUAUUUUUCUGAAAAGAAGGCAAGCGUUAGUACAACCUCUUCCUAUACAAUAAAAGGAAGGAAGUUGUUUGAAGAUGCAACAAGUCAUUUGGGAAAACGGGACAAGGAAAUUCAAUUGCCAAGCGCAUCUUCUGAUUGUGUACCUCUGAAGUAUGAAGAAGCUACUUCUGUUGUGGACCAGGCAAAUCCCUUGCCGUGUUCUCUAAAGCCUGAAGAAGAAUGUACUUCUGCAUUGGAAAAGGAAUUUUCUGCCGCAGGAAUUUCCAGUGCAGUAGAAACUACCAUAGCGCCAAAGGAUGUUUCUAAUAGCAAUCAUGAUCCUGGAAGAAUCAUUGAUGGCAUGAAUGCAUUAUCUGCCACUGGAGAUGGUCCAAACAUCAAUGAGGGAAACAACCGUUCGAUGAUCAAUAUUGUUGAUGAACUUCCCGUGGAAAGCACACCUGGCGUGACAAGUAGCACUAGUCUGUCUGUUGUUCAAAGUUCAGACUUGGACAAGGAAAACAAUGGUUGUAGUACGAUCAAUGAAGAUAAAUCUCCUCCACUAAGUGCACAAUUACAAGCAUUAUCCAACAAUUGGAGAUCAGUUUGUUCUUCCACACGGGCGUGCUUAAGGGUCUCUGAUAAUAAUGCUCCCAAUGGCUUAGUCUUCACUGAUGUUACAGAACCACAAACUCCAACCAUGGAACGGAGUUUGUGUGUCUACAAUGAACAAGAUGUUGUAAAUCCAUCCACUCCUUGGGAAACAUUCAGCCAGCGCAGUACCGGUGUGAAGAAGUCACUUGUGGAAGAUUAUCUGAGGCUUCUAAAUACAGCUAGCAAGGAAGAGCUGAAAAAAUUGAAAGGAAUUGGAGAGAAGAGAGCAACAUCAAUUAUUGAAUUCCGUGCAGAAUCGCCUCAGCCUUUUAGAAGUCUAGAUGAUUUAAUGGAGAUCGGUCUGUCAGCAAAGCAGAUUAAGGAAAUGAUGAAAAAGGAAGUUGCUGGGCUAUUAUUCAACUAGGAGCCCAAAGGGAACUGAAGAAAUCUCUCCUUUCUAUGGAGAAUUGCUGCGAUUAUGAGAUAUGAUAUAAUUAACCUGAAACUGUCAACGCAUACUGUUGAGUAGUUUGCCCUCCUUAUUAAAAUUAUUAUGAACUGGUACCU